CAGUGGCGGUGCCACGGGGAGGACUGGGGAGGACACGUCCCCCCCAGUUCUCUUCAAGGUCAAUUUUCUAAUUUGUCCAAAUCCGGUGAGAAAAAUGGGGGGAGGGGGGUACGUAUGUGACAUCAGUCCAGUUAUGUGAAUAAAAACCGGUAUUAAAAGAUUUACUUUUGACAAAAGACCAUUUCAUUAUUUCAUAUAUGCGGUAUUUACCAUUAGCAUAUUACAGGCGCUGAUUUCGACCGCCGAAGGAAACCCACCAUAAUGGGUUAAUAACUUAAUAUAUUUAAAUAUAAAAUUAUGUUGACUUCAAUUUUCCCAUCAAAGUAAAGUCAUAGUUUUUAUAUAUACGUAUAUAAUCAUGAAAAUAUCGUGUGAUUUGUUCACUUUAUAAUCUUCGGAAUUCUGUAUAAUCUUACCCUAGAUUUCAAAAAUUUUCCGGGGGGGGCAUGCCCCCGGCCCCCCCUAGAAGUGCCUCGUGCCUUUGCCGCUCGUAAAUUCCCCCCCCCCCCUUUUAAAGGCUGCCGCCGCCACUGACGGGAAGUUAGAGUCGGGAAGACAGAGCGCCUUCGCUUGUAACGUCCAAGUUCUCCUUGUAUUUUUGAGGUAGUUACAUCCCGCUCAUACCACAGUUAUCAUAAUAAUAAUAAUAAUAAUAAUAAUUGAGAAUGACAUUUUUCAUCAGCAGUUGACAGUAUUCGCAUACCUUCCUUUUACAGAAUCAGUGAAGGUAAAAAACAAUUUAGAAAUUGUCGAUGGCGUGAGAAGGUAAGGUUUACCUUUUUAAAGGCCCAUACAGACCGAGCGCGAUUCGACAACACGACGCGAAUUUUCAGUUUUUAAAAACAAAUAAAACCGUUAACGGACAAAAAUUUUACAAGUUAUGCAGGCGAAAUAGCUAAAAUUGCUUAAGUGGUUCCGAAUAUUUGAAAAACAUAGAAAAAUACUAAAGUUAAAUGUUAUUGAAAAUUGAAAAUUCGCGUUGCGUUGCCGAAUCGCGUCCGGUCUGUAUAGGCCUUUAGCCCAUUUCCACUCAGGAAAAUUUUCCGCAGAAAGAAAAUUUUGUAAAAUGGGAUUGGCCAACACAAAUUUUCCUUCGGAAAAAUAUUUUGAAGUUGAAAAUUUUCAACUUUAAACAAUGAUAUGUUCGGAAAAUUUUCUGCCCAUGAAAAUUUUUCUCGAGCGGAAAUGGACAUUUAUUGUAUCUACAUUUUCUCUGUGUUUUCCUCAACUGGUUUAAAACACGUUUUCCAGUGCCUCUAAACCGUAGCCUAGGAAGGUGUCGUUGUCUGUAACUCUUUAAUGUUCUGCGUUGCUGUAAUAAUAAUUUGUUGAUUUUAUAUUCGCAGAAGUGCAUCUAUGACGGACCUCGGCAGAAAGCCGUCUGGCAGCAAACUCCACCAUGCCCCCUCAGAUCCCGCCAUUCACCGCAUUAACCCAAAGAAUCGCGAUCCGAAAACGCACAUAUUUAAAACAAGGUAUUUUUAGAGAACGAUUUUGCUAUUUUAAGGUCUUCUAUUUUGUAGCUUUGAAGUUCGCCUGACUUCCAGACCAUCAUAUCUUGAAAGACCAUCAUAUCUUGAAAGACCAUCAUAUCUUGAAAGACCAUCAUAUCUUGAAAGACCAUCAUAUCUUGAAAGACUAUGAUUAACCUGGCUCUAACCUUACCCCACCUUGUACCCAAGCUCUUUCCUCUUCGCUUCUAGGGAAGACCCUGGGAACCAGGUUUGCCUUACCCUACUCCCAACAUUGUCCCUAACGUCACUCCUGAAUUGUUGAUUGAUUUAUUCCUAAUUCUUUCUUAGAAUGUUCAUUCACGAAGGAGCUGUACAAAAAGUUGUAUUUAGGAAUGCUAACGCCAAUCAAUCUGAGUUACCCCAGGAAUAUUCAGACAGGUAGAUCAGUAUUUCGUCAAUUAUGGUAACUUUAACUAACUUUCUUUUCUUGCUGUUUCAAACUGUACUCCCUGGAGUUCCACUAAGGACGAUCGCUUAUUGAUCCAGUGUUACUACAGGAGAAAACCUGAAUUAAACUAACUUUAUUUAUACGGUACUAGAUAGCUCUAUCAGUUCUAAACUGUUCUUCCUAGAGGUCCAGUAAGGAUCAUUUCUUAUUGAUCCAGUCUUACUACAGGAGGAAACCUAAACUAAACUAACUUUAUUUAUACUGGAUAGCUCUAUCAGUUCUAAACUGUUCUUCCUAUAGAUUUUUAGUAAGGAUAAUUUUUUAUUGAUCCAGUGUUACUACAGGAAGAAACCUACACUAAACUAACUUUAUUUAUACUGGAUAGCUCUAUCAGUUCUAAACUGUUCUUCCUAGAGGAUCAUCUCUUAUUGAUGCAGUGAUACUACAGAGAAAACCUAAACUAAACUAACUUCAGCUAUUCAGUAUUCAUAGAUUGCGUCCAAUAAUAAACACCGUUACAUCAAUGCCACCACAACUGAAGGGUACUGCUUGGUUACUCAAUAAAUUGUCUUUUCUUCUUUUGUAGAUAUUUAAUUUUAUUCUCUGAUGUUGCUAUUGUGGCGGUGGUGAGUUAUACAACUUAUUGAUUAUAUCCAUCGUGAUGAUGGUGACAUGAUUAACAUUCUUUCUAAUGAAAAAUAUUAUUUUUUAUUCUUCAGUCAGCAGGAAAUGUUCUGACAGGAAAUAAGUUCAAAUUAAAAGAACGAAUAAAUUUAGAGCAGUGUUGGGUAGCUGAUGCUGAAACGUUCUUACAGAAACAAGUUCCUGACGAGAGUAAGUGCUUGAUAAUGAACUCUUUCCGCACCAGUGAGCUCUAUAGAUGUCUGGAGUCAUUCGACCUGUGAGAAAAGUGACGCCAAGAUGGCGGCCAUUGACGUCCAGUAGUUCUGAAGGUCGUAAACAGUUUUAACACGAUUUCCCUCCAGCUAAUUCUAGGUUUUUCUACCGGACCGUCAACGAGUUAUCAGUUCGUAAAACCAUAUAGUGUUGUUCUUUAAAUCGCUGUUGAAAUACGAAAUCUCGGCACACUCCUUGCUACAAUCUUGGACAAAACCCUUGAGACCAUUCCAGCUAAUACUACAAAGUUAUUGAACAUUGACAAAACAAACUUUGUCUCCCCCCCCCAAGUUCAAUGUUGUAAACAACGCCGAAACAACUUUUGGUAAUAUACCAUGACACAAGUUCAACAUUGAGUUGGGGGAGCGGGGACUUAAGAAGUGCAACAUGAUUCAACAUGGAGUUUAUCAUAAAAAUAUGUGCAUUUUCUAUAGGGGGAAAAUAGUUUCAACCAGUUAUGUCUAAGAUUGUAGCUUCGGUAGACUAACAGUAAUAUUACCUUUUACUAUAGCGUUCGUGCUUGGAACUCCAAAAAGGACGUACGUGUUUCUGGCGCAAUCUGUAAAAGAAAGAAACACGUGGGAGAAACUACUGCAACAACGUAUUGCUGUGGAGAAAACGAAAUUUCUUCAGGUACAUACAUGCAUAGGCUACGUUUCCACCUGUACCGGAUAGUUUUCCGUAGCGACGUGAAAAAACACGUAUCUGUACCUUUUAUAGGAACGCUAUUUUCAGAGGAAUUAUUGCAACGGAGAGAUGUUGUUUUGAUCAGCUUCUGAAAGUUGUACAUUCUGUAUCGGAUAUGUGUUUUUGCGCGCCGCUGCGUUUUCUUGCACAUAGCUUUACAUUGAGGAACUCCGCCUGUUGAUUUUGUUUGUAGCAAAGCGCAGUUUGUUUUAACGCUGUCAUUUUGUAGUUAUGGAAAUCAAAGACAGUUCCUGACGCUAUAUUUAUAAAGACGCCUGCCAAAUCAAGAGUGGAAUAUCAAGCCAUGGACGAGAAUGGUUAGUACGAUUGCAUGAAGGAACUGCUACCAGUGACAAACACAUCAAUAACUAUAUAGAUUCUGCGCAUCUCGCUCCAUAGAAUUAAACGUUGAGGGUUUCGUUAGAUGGAAAUUUCUAGGGAAAAUUAGUGGCGUUUUUAGACCUAUAAUGUAACAUUAUGACCCUCAGGUAAUUGAAUCUGCGACCCUGCGAUUCCGGUGCAGUACUCUAACCAUUGAGUUACAAAGUUCAGUUGUCAAGCUAUAACCACAAGUUUUUGUAUAUACACUAAGGUGAUGUAAGAUGAUUUUUGUGGAUGUUGAUGGGUUUUUUCAGCAAAAAACAGCAGCUGCGAAAAACGCAACCAUACAGUAAGGCCUUCCGUAGGAAUCAAACCACCAUCAUUAUCACUAUAACCAUGACCAAGUUAACCAACAAUUCUGUAACCGUUCUUAACAUAACUAGCUACUGGCAUUCACAUUGUCACUAUCACUAUAUUCCAAUUACUAUUAAUGGUUCUAAUCGUAUUGCAGAGUUAACCCUUCAUGUCAAUGAAGAUAUCAACGUAAUUGGAUUUCGAGAAAACGGUCUCUGGAUACCCGUAAGUUAUGGUUUAAGUCGGGUUUACGAUUUUUUUUGAAAAUUUUUAGAACGAUCUCAUGAGACCUGUUCCUUAUAAUAAAUCUUCUUUUCCAGGGAUUCUACGAUACAUUAAACCCUUCGUAUGCUUUUACCAAAGAUUGGUAAGUUGGAAUUCUAGCAUCAUGCCAAAUAAAACCCAUCUUAAUCAUCUUUUCAAUAUUACCUUAACACUCGUCUGCAGCAGCCAACAUUUUAUGAUAAAUUCGCUAUGUAUUAACGAGCUUGCUCUGUAAUAUGAAUUCGAGGGAUGGAUGCAGCCAUAUCUGGUUGGGGAGGGGAGGGGAGAGGGGAACUGGUGAAACAACACUGACCCUGGCAGAGUGCAGCUGGUGGUAAGGGUGAUAGGAUAUUGCCUUUCCAAAUGAAAAAUGGAUUUGAUAAGGAAAUUGGCACACACCGUUUCUUAUAUUCACUCCUUGCCAAGAUUACGAGGGUGCGCAACCCCCCCCCCCCCUCCCCUUUCGCUUAGUAAAUCCAUCCCUGAGAUAACUUUUAUCUAAUAUUUUUAGGUUACCUGGGGUCAAUAGCAUGGGGAAAUUUGGUUGGUUUCCAGGUAUAAAUAUAUACACGCUUAUAGCUUCAUAUAGACUUUUGCUUGGUAGCACUGAAAAUUUAUCUUUAUUUAUACUGGAUAGCUGUAUCAGUCUUAAACUGUUCUUCGAUCCAGUGUUACUACAGGAUGAGAGCCUUUCUUUGCCACAGUGGGAAGAAAGUGGAGUCCGCAAGGAAAUUUUGCGGUGUUUGGUAGAGUCAAAUUGGAAGCACUCUUCUCACAUGCGAGUGAGGUGAAACUCCAAUGAGACAACUGCAUAUUUUUGGACCAGAUGCGAAAAGGACAUGUACUGACAACGCACAACACCACAAGUGAUCAUGUGAUAUUCAGGAAACUAAAUGAACUUUUGUUUCAUUUUGUUACAGCGGAAUGUAUCCAUGGCAAUUUUCUUGACAAUAAAGAGAAGUGUGUUGAUCAGGUAAAUUUACGUUCGUCGUAAAUAAAGUGAAACAUUUUUUGCGUGUGUUGUUGUUAUGUACUCAGGUGAAUAUGUUUGUGAUGUUACUCUGAGUGUGCAUCCACACUGGGCAAGCAGGGAAUCGAAGCCGUGACCUUCCCACAGUGGUCAGGCAAACUUUUCAGCUUGCCCGGUGUGGAUGCACACACAGAGUAACACCACAAACAAAGUGAAACAUGCUGGUUCUCAGAGAAGGUUUCCAUCGUAACUUUGAUCACUUUGUCUUUCUUAGUUCAGCUAUGUACCUGUAGCCACGGCGCUUCAAAUUAAACACAAAAUGACGGAGCUUGUAAGUAACUGAAGGAACUUGAGAUAAUGCUAAUCCGAGUGUCUCCACACCAGACAAGCUGAAAAAUUGCUUCAUCCCAAAGGGAAUCGAUCCUACGACCUUUGCUAGCCCUUCCACCGCUCUCAAGCAAUUUUAUAUUUCGCCCAGUCUGUAUCGGGGUCGGAUAAUGUUUCGCGGGCACAUAAGAGUGGUUGAAUGGUUAUGAAUGGUUAUGCCGAAGACAGUCACCGACAUAACCAUCCAGGUUGAAUGGUUAUGCCGAAGACAGUCAACGGCAUAACCAUCUAAGUUGAAUGUUUAUGCCGAACGUAUUCAACGGCAUAAAGAUCUAGGUUGAAUGUUUAUGCCGAACAUAUUCAACAGCAUAAACAUAUAAGUUGAAUGGUUAUGUCGAAGACAGUCAACGGCAUAACCAGUUGAAUGGUUAUGCACAUUCAACGGCAUAACUAUCGAUGUCAUCGGCAAACCACUCGACUUGGAUGGUAAUGCCUUUGAAUUUCAUUGCCAUCACCAGUCAACCUAAUUCAAAAAGUUAAUCAUAACCAUGGUUCAUUUUAAUCGAAAAGAGUAAGCGCGGGGCCGUGCCACAUGUCACCUCUGGCAUAUGGUCACUACUCGGAGAAGCGUCAUUUCAAAUAACUUUAAUUAAAACAACUGAAGGAUUGCAGAAGUUAUUUUAUAUCGGAUGACGCUUCUCUGAGUAGAAAUUGGAAAAUUGGUUGACCGCAUUGAGGAUCGAACAAGCCACUCUGAUUUGCUAGUCUUAUUCAAAUAAAGAUGUAUUUAUAGUCCAAGCAAUUUUUCAGCUUGUGUUCUGGAGCUGCAAAAGUCUAAUGACUAGAGUUUUGUAGCGUAAUGUCGUUCUGAUUGUGUGAAUGUAUUUUCUGUUCUACCUUUUAGACCAACUCACAAAUUCCACUAAAGUUUUUAACUUCUGUAAAAAUUCACAAAGCUGACGGAACAUUUCGGGUAAGAUUUUACAAACAACAUCAGAGAUAGCAUAAUGAAGUUUGAACUAAAUUGCCUUUUGAAUUGAGAAGUUUGAACUAAAUUGCCUUUUGAAUUGAAUUGCAUAUUUUCCCACCAUUCUAGACAUGUAAACUAAAUGAAGCUACAACAACUGCAGAUAUUAUUAAGUAAGUCGGUUUGAUUUUUAAAGUAAUAACGAUUUUUGUACUCAUUAAUACACAAAGCCAAUCAGCACCAUACAUAAACUCAAAUUUCGUGUUGAAUUUAACUUUACGUUUUAUUGCGUUGUAGUCAUCUUGAUAAGCACAAUCGAUUGACUGGUUUAAAUAUCGAGAAAGAUCGAAUUGAAUUAUGGGAAGAAUCAAAAGAUGGUUCGGGUAAGCUGGGUUGACUGAAAUUUAUUGGUCUGUAUUGAUAACCUAUUGAUUUGAUUGAUUGAUUGUAUGUAUAAUUGAUUAUUGAUCAUAUAAUUGAUUAUUGAUCAUAUUAAUUAAUUAAUUUUUGACCAUAUAAUUGAUUAAUUAUUGUUGAUCAUAUUUUGAUUAAAUUAUUAUUGAUCAUAUAAUUGCUUAAUUAUUGUUGAUCAUAUAAUUGAUUGUUGAUCAUAUAAUUGAUUGUUGAUCAAUAUAAUCAAUAUAAUUAAUUAAUUUCUCGUUGAUCAUAUAGUUGAUUAAUUUCUUAUUGAUCGUGAUCUUUCAGUUAAACGAAAGCACAAACAAAGCGAGAAAAUCUUGGAGAUUCUUUCUUUCUGGGGAGAAUAUGAUGUAAGUAAACGUUGCAUUUAUGAUGGUAUUUGGUGUGAAAUCAAACGCGUGAUUACAAAACUGCGGGAGUGCGAUUUGUAAUCACAAGUUUGUUUUCAGACCAAAAUUACACGAGACGUAGUGCAUUAAUUCCCACUUAUUAUAUAUUUAUAUUCAUUUUGAAAUCUUAAACAUUUUUGGAAACCGGAAACGUUUUUGUUUGCAUAAGACACACCUCCGGUACCUUCCUGAGAACUGUAGUGUAGCAACAAUAAGCGAACAAGAUGAACUAUAAUUAGUUUCGUUACAAAAGACUGCAAAAAUGUUAAAGAAAUGAAGACAUUCAUAAAGAAUAAAAAACAACACAAGUAAGUUUAAACAUAUUAGUUUUGGUGCAAUUUUGUGCGUUUAAAAUUCGGAAAUACGAUGGGCGAAUUAAGGAAAUAUGAUGGGCGAAUUGCAUUGAAUUGCUCAUUUGCCAUAUCACAUGUUUCUUAAAAUCGAUUGGCUGUUUGAAUCCUAUGAUUGAAUGUGAUUGGUUGGCUGAAAUUAGUGAUUGGUUGAAAGAAAGUGCGAUUUCAGCGCGGAAUCGCACUCCUGUGAACCAAUCAGAUUGCAGGAAACACCGUUGAUUUCAAAGUGAAUAUAAUAAAUAUAUUUAUGGGUUCAUGCUAGGAGUAUCGUUUAUAUUGCACGUUUGUUUAUAUUGGCGACUUUUCUUACCAAAAGUUGUUUUUUUGUCUUUAAGUCUCAAAUUUCAUUCGUGAGUCGUACGCGUGGGGUGAAGGAAGGUGUCCUAGAUACUUUGUCCGUGGACUCCACGCAGUUCGAGGGCAGUCCCGAGAUACGUCGUGGAUCUCACACGGGGAGUCCCGCAGGCAGGUCGAGUAGUCGCAAAGAAUCUUUCAAGAAAUCUUCGUCUUUCUGCUAGAACGACUUUGACGAAGUUUUCAGAAAUGCCAUGUAAUGGCACACCCGGCUUCCAGGAAGUCAAUUUUACCCGGGCAGCUCUGCUCCUUGCUUACAGCAUUUUUAAUUUGGAGAAAAGAACGCCAAUGAUGAAUUUCUAUAUGGUAGAUCUCGUGACCAACGGUUGCUGAAAGGUUUAUUCAUUUUUAGUUCAAGUACCACUAAACCAGAAAUAAGAUUUUUGUAUUCGUGUAUUGAGAUAUUCGAAAAAGAAAUGUAAUAAAUCUUUAACUGUCAAAGUUUCCAGGUAUAUUAUUUGAUGUAUUGCAAGUUACCUUAUUAUAGGAAAUUAACGAUGCACUUUAUUAACGCGACAUCAAAUUAACGCGGAUUGCUUCUAGGUCUUUUAAAACAUGAUUAUAUUAACGCGAAUCUGAUCUCCAUGGUUGACAAAUUAAUUAAAUUAAC